AUACAAAGUGUAAUAUUGUACAUAAAAACCUUAUGCACAUAAGACAUUUUAAUCUUUGUACAAAAAAGAAAACAAACGUGUAUAAAAAGUUUUCUAGUGAAAACUACUUUGACCCUAGGACAAUUUUUAUCAACAAUCAGUUGAUGCAGUAUUUGUUUUCAACAUUGUUAUUAACUAAUUAUUAUUAUUAAUUCCGAAUUACUCUCGUCAUAGAAUUUUUUAUUAUUAUUAUCAUUAAUGUAAUUGAUAAUGAUUGUAUUGUAACUGUGACUAUUAUUACUAUUAUAAUUAUUAUUAUUAUUAUUACUAUAAAAUAUUUAACAGUUUUAAUUGUUUUAUAAAAUGUAAUAUACUUUCUCUUUGGCAGUAAGUAGAUUACAAAAAACAUAAAUAAUUAGAUAAUUUAAAAAAAUAUAUAAGAAUAAUAGUAAAAUUUCUUUAUAAUAUUGUUUAUAUUCUUUUUCUUACUACAAAUGCGCUUAAAUGACCUAUUUGAUACGUAAAUAACGUACAAAUAUUGUUUGAUCGAUAGAACAAUGUCCUCGUAAGACCUUUGAUGCUGCUGUAUAUUUACUUAUGCAAAAUUAAAUUAUAUAUUUAACACUUUAAAAAAAAAAAAAAUAUUUUAAGAUAAAUAAAUACAGUUAUGUGUUUGUGCCUUGGUCCCGCUAAGUCUGGAAAAACUUUGUUAAUGAAAAGAUUGCAAGGUGAUGAAAAAAUAGACGAUGCAUCUCAUACUGUACCCACUAAUGGAAUUAAUCUUUUUACAAUAAAAAGUGAUGAUGGACAUUUUGAUAUUAUUGUUAGAGAAAUUGGGGGCAGUAUGGCGCCUAUUUGGCAUCAUUAUUUUGACAGGGUGCAUAAAAUUAUUUAUGUAGUAGAUGCAAGUAAUUUAUGUCAAAUAAGCGCAGCCGGUGUACUUUUAUAUUCACUGUUAGUGGAACCAAAGCUUCAGCAUGUUAAAAUUUGUUUUGUACUUGGCAAAAUGGAUUUAUCAUAUCGACAAAUGCGUAAUGAGGCAUUGUUAAUGCUACAUUUUAAUCGUUUAAUACGUGAAGUGAGUCAGAAGAUAACGGUAAUCGAAGCUAGUGGAAUGACUGGUCAGGGUAUUGAGCUUUUACGCAAUUGGAUUUUUGAUCCAGAAACACUGAAAGCCGUUGGAUCAACUGGUAACGCUGCAGCUGCGGCUGCCGCUGCAAAUGCAGUUUUUACCACUAAAAAAUAAUUAUUGUACUACAUAAUUUUAUAAUUACAAGCAAUUGUCACCUUUUAAUAAUGAAUUAUAUGCUCAAUUUUAUGUAAUUAAUUUUUUUUUAUUUUUUUACAGUUUCUAUAAGUUAUAG